CGAGUUACUUUUUAUUAUAUUUCCAAAAGCACAUUACACCAAAGUUAUCAAAUCAUAAAAGAAGCCAAACAAAACCCCUAAAAUCUAAAAUUACCCACAAUAAAACUAAACAAAAGCUUACUGCAUAUUUAACCCAAACAUAAAACCCCUAAAAUUCGAUUCCUUGAGCCUUCUUUGGUGACUUUUUGGCCUAUGGUGUCAAAGCCUUCUCCUCAGAAUCAUUAGAUUUCUUAGCCAACAGAAUUGGGUUAAUGUUAGGAGGGGUGAUUUUUUUUUUAAAAGUUAUAAUUUUUUUUUAAUUAUAAUUUAAUUAAUUAUGAAAUAUUUUUUAAUUAUUUUUGGAUUUAAUGUCCGUGUCAUUUUUUAAUUGGUUAUUUUUGUUACAUUAUAUAAAUGUAUUAUGCACACUUUAUAAAUGUUGUUGAUUAGGUAAACAAGGCUUGAUUGAAUUAAAAUUUGAGUGGAUUAGAAUCUGAUAGGUACAAAUUAGUUGAAGGUAUAGGUGAAUUUUCAAAAUAAUUUUACAUGUCAGUCGAUGACUUAAGCCAAUUUUUUAAUCUCGAAGCAACUUUUUAUUAAUCGGAGAACAAUGUAAAGGACGAAACCGUCACAUCGUUCAAAAUUGUAGGAUCAUUUCGUCGAUUUCCCUAAUCGUAGGUUAAAUUGUUUGAAUCCGCGCCCCCCCCCCCCCCCCCCCCCCCCCAAACCACCACCACAAUGGCACUACUCCGGCGAGUCUUCCACCGCUACCGGAAGCUCUUAGCCGCCACCGACGGAGUCAAUACACUGUACUCAUCUUUUUACCGGUGUCAGUGUCACUACGCCACCACUGUAACUGAUGAACAACAAGGGUAUAAUAGCAGGAAUGAAAAUGAGAAAGGCAAGUGGUUCACUCUACCGCCCUUCACUGCCACCGUCGACGGUGCUGCUUUAGGUAGGGAGCUCGCCGGAGUUAAAAUGGACGUCAAGGAGAAUUCAAGCAACAACAUUACAGCACUCAAAUGGAUUCAGCGUUGCUGCCCUGAGCUGCCGAAAUCCCUUGUGCAGAAGCUUUUUCGCUUAAGACAGGUGCGAAGAGAAUCUUCUAAUGUUGAAGAACAGAGGCCCAAGAGGGUCUCUGCAAAGGAGUCAAUGAUCAUCGGGGAUCGAAUAUUCCUUCCAAUAACGGUUCAGAAGUUCCCCUCCGAGAAAGUAGUUGAGUACCCUACUAGUGAAGAAGAAAGGAAGUUUGUACAUGGCCUCGAAGUGUAUAAGGAUCCAGAAAUUAUUGUGGUCAAUAAACCUCCAGGAAUGCCAGUUCAGGGUGGAAUUGGUAUAAAACGAAGUUUAGAUGAACUUGCUGCUAAGUAUUUAAGACAUGAGUACUCAGAGGCCCCUCGCCUGGUGGUGUUGGACAAUGGAAAAUCAGAGCGCAUCACAAUAAUGUCUGAUGUCAGGGCACCAUCGGCACAGUAUGCUGUAACAGAGUAUCGCAUCAUUGGUUCCUCCGGGAAAGGCUACACAUGGCUUGAGUUAUCUCCGCUUACCGGCAGAAAGCACCAGUUGCGCGUUCAUUGUGCUGAGGCAUUAGGGACGCCAAUAGUUGGUGAUUACAAGUAUGGUUGGCAAGCUCAUAGAAAGCUGAAACAUCUAACUUGCUCCACUUCAGCUUUGAACCAAGGUAUGCAAAAUCCCAGGCAAAAAACAGAUCCUUUCAGCCUUCGUUUAGGGAAUGGAAGUAUUUCAGACAAGCAGCCUCAUCUUCAUCUUCAUUGUAAGGAGAUGGUUUUGCCCAAUAUUUCUCUAGCUUUGCAACAAGGUCAAGCGGUUUCAGAUGCGGAUCUGGUAGAUGUUGAAAGUAUCAAGCUGGUUGCUCCUUUGCCCUUCCACAUGCAAAAAAGUUGGGAUUGCUUGAGUUCUUAAUUUAUCGUAGAAUGAUGGCUUCUACUGAAAACAAGUGCACUACAGCGUUGGAGUGAGGAUACUAACUGGUUAUGGAUUCCAGAGAGAACUUGGGAGGGGUGAUGUUUUACUUCUAACAAAGGAUAAAAGUCAUGAAACCGUUAUUAACGAAUGUGAUGCACUUGUAGUUAACAAGAUCAUCGCGCCUAUUGACUUCCUGCUGUGGAGAAGGGAGAUCAUACUUCAGUAAACUGAAAGUUGGCAUAAUCUUUAUUAUAGUUGGUGCUGUGUAAAUGUACCCUGGCAAUAUUUUUUUGGAGUAUACAGUUCUAAAACUUUUGUGGCUGUACAUUGAUACUCUUAAAAAAAAAGUUGGUCAGAAGCUUGUGUAUGGUUGGGCCAGCUUGAACUAAUUGACCCAUGACAGGAAUGAAAUAAGUUCAGGUCCAAGUCCAUUAGACCGUGUGGGCUAGGCAAAAGUCCAUAGGCCAGAACCCGGACUCGGUCCAUUAAACAGGUCAGUUUCCCACCUUACGAUUUUCUUUUCCCAUUUGAGUAGAAAAAGGGAAUAUCAAAGAAACAAACUGUCAACUUCAUUAUUGGAGAUUCUUGCAAAACAGAAAAUUUCUGUUUUACUUUUUUCCAA